AUGAAGGACGAGCGUGCCAGUAUGCCGCGUGUACGCAUCGCUGUCAUUGGCAGCUCUCGAGUUGGCAAGUCCGCUCUCAUCGUUCGCUAUCUAACCAGGCGAUACAUCGGCGAGUAUCAUUCAAACACAGAUCUCCUGUAUAGACAAACGGUACCGAUCAAUGGUACCCCCGUCGAACUCGAAGUUAUAGAUGUAUCCGGCUCCAAUUCAGAUAAAUUUCCAGCUGAACAGAUUCAAUGGGCCGAUGCUUGUCUGCUGGUGUACGCAGUGACAGACCGCAGCAGCUUCGAGUAUGCGACGGAGGUGUUGAGUGCUCUAAAGCGGCCGCCGACGGGCGGCAGUCCGGCUCACGGGCCGGCCGGCGCCGCGGCGCCCAUGCCACUCGCACUCCUCGGCAACAAAACAGACCUAGACCACUUGAGACAGGUUACUACUAAAGAGGGCCAAGCAAUUAGUGCGGCGCAUGGCGCUUCAUUCAGUGAAGCUAGUGUUGCCGACAACUCAGGUGACCUCUACCGUUGUGUGGAUCGCCUACUAGCUGAAGUGCGCACACCACAGCGCACGCGCAAGUUCUCCGUCACGAAAAUGCUUGGAUCGUUAAUAGGUGGUGGUGGCAAUAGCCAGACCAACCGCAGCGGUUCAAUGGUAGCGUGCCCGCGUGUGCCCGCCCCGGCGCGGCCGCCGCUGGCCGCUGCUGCUCCCUGA